UUUCAUUUUAAACAGAAGUCGUUUCGUGGCUAAAAUUAUUUAACUCCUGUGUUACGCUUCUACGUGUUCAAUUUUUAAAAUGAUGCAAAUAACUGUUUUUUCUUCGAUUUUCUUAUAUUUGGUAACUUUAGCGUUUGGUGAAAUAUGCCGAAACCCAACAGUCAAAGAGACUUCCUAUACUACAGUAGAUGGCAUGGUAGUUUCUGAUGUUGCUUUAAUCACAGAAUUUUCUGUGAAAUGUGACACAAAUGUUAAGGAUUUAACUCUUUAUGCAGACAUAAAUGGAAAAACAUUUCCAGCUGUCAAAUCUCAGGAUAGUACUAAGUAUCAAGUGAGCUGGUCAGAAGAUCCUGCUAAAAUUUCAAGUGGCCAGCAUAAUAUCAAAAUAUAUGAUGAAGAAGGUUUUGCAUCUCUAAGGAAGGCUCAGCGAAAUGGAGAGGAUAUUUCUGGAAUUCCUUCUGCAUUUUCCAUUUCUGUUUAUCAUGCAGGUUCUUAUUAUGGACCAUACGUUCAAAGUGAAUUUUGGGCUGCUGCUUUCAGCAUAGUUUUGUGGUACAUAGCCUUUUCUGAAAGGUCUAAGCUUGUUGCAUGAUAAUUUGUUAAAUUUUACCAUAUUAACCCUCAUCAGUCGGCAUGCCACAAAAUUUCAGGUUCACCAGGUUUUCAAUAAUCGUUGCUUACUCCUUUCUGAAUGGAAAAUAAUGAGGUUAAAAAAACAUAUGCAAUUUAUUGUAAUAAAUAUAUGUGUACUUUUUUUUAAUGUUAGAGCUAUAUAUUAUCUUAUUAUUAUCAUCAAUUAGCCCUUUAGUUUUGUUAAAAUAUUAGUCAGCAAAACUAUUUUUAUUGCUUUGAUACGAAAAGUUUGAUUACAAAUAACUUCAUACAAAAUGAAGUUAAACCAAAGCAUACAUUUGUUUUCCUACAAUUAAUGUGUUUUUCAUUUACAUAACGAAUUUACUAUUCAAUGAAUAUAAAAAAAGCUUGCCCCUUAAAAAGGAAGUGGAAAAAUAUUUUUUUAAAUAUUAUAAAUGAGCUAUAAUAAUUAGGAUUGCUUCUGAGUUAAUCAUUUUAUUGGCAUAUAACUAAAUUGUAGAUCAACUCAACACAUGAUCUCCAUUAGUAAUAUCGUACAUAUUAGUUUUUUCUCACUUCUUGUUGAAAUAUUUUUGUCCUUGAUUUAACAAAUAUUUCAACCUCAGAAGAGAAAAAACUUUAAGGAAUUGCUCCUGUUAUUCCCUUUAUUUUACUUUCAAACCUGAUUCAUUUUCAUUAUAACCAUCAUCAGGUUUGAUAGUGUUAUUCAUUGAAGGUGCCCUUAAUCAACAAUGUAAAGUAUUGCUACUUAUUUGUUAUUUCACUAUGCACAAAAGAUUUGACAAUUGAGGUAGUGAGAAGCAAAGGGAUGCAAGUGGCAAAAUUAAAAAUUUGGAGCUAACCAGUACAAAUGGUAGGUGAACCUCUCCUCUUUCUUGGAGCAAGAGAUGGUACUAGUUGCCCUGGUAGGUGCUGCUGUACUGCUCAAUUUAGAAAAGAAUUCAAUGAAAGCCUAUCUAGAACAUAAUCUUUAUGUGUGUUUUACUCAAAACUUGAAAAUGUCCACUUGCAUCCCUUUGCUUCUCACUGCCUCAAUUCAUUCAGCAAGUUUACCCAUUGUGAUAUUGUGGAAUGUGAUACAGGUUGAUGAAUACUUGAUUUAGUAAACUUAUGUUUUUCAUUUACUAAUCAUUCAGUUCUCUUAUCCUGUCAUAGUUUACUUAGUGAUUGGAGUUGCCCGAAAAAAUUUGCCUUUUGUGUUUUACAAAAUGAAACCUGAAUUGUCCAGUAUGACUGUAAAUUUAAAUUUCCCAACAUGCUGAUCAACCUCUUAUUCCCGGCAUGCCCACUGAUGCGAGUUAAUGCUUUAGUUGUUUUUUUUUUAAAUGUCAUUAUGAAAUUUGCAAUAAAAGAACAAAAACUUAAA